ACAACAAUCAGAGCGCGGCAUCUGGACAAUCUUCGCUUUUCAUCUCGUGAUAUUUUUGUUACUUUUGCUGUAACUUGUUAUUGUUUAUUAUUGCCGACGAGUGUCUUAAACAUUCGCAAUCAUGCCUCCGAAACUUUCGAGAGAUUACGAUAAAGAUAGAGAUCAACUCAAGUUGUUUCUUACGGAGUAUUCAAAAAUGGAUGAUAAAACGGGCAACAAGAUUUUUAAGUAUAGAAACCAAUUAACAAAUUUGGCACAUCGAGAUCAAGUUGCAUUGAUCAUAGACUUGGAUGAUGUUAAGGAUUUUGAUGACGAACUUGCUGAAAUGAUAACGAAGAAUACUCGGCGUUACGUCAAUUUACUUCUAGAUCUUGUUCAAAGUAUUCUGCCCGACUUUAGAGAAAGGGCAGUAUCUGCUAAAGAUACCUUAGAUAUUUAUAUUGAGCAUCGUUUAAUGAUGGAAGCUCGCAAUCAACAUCCAGGAGAGCAAAGGGAUCCCAGAAACAAGUAUGCUCCUGAACUGAUGCGACGCUUCGAAAUUUACUUUAAAAAUUUCAAUGAUGCCAAGUCAAUGUCAGUGAGAGACGUAAAAGCUACGAAUAUAGGACAACUAGUGACAGUACGUGGUAUUGUUACUAGAACUACAGAAGUAAAGCCACUCAUGGUCAUUGCUACAUAUACCUGUGAUCAAUGUGGUGCUGAAACUUAUCAGAUUGUGCAAUCUAUGAGUUUCAUGCCUUUGCAAACUUGUCCGAGUGAAGAUUGUCGUGUAAAUAAGUCUGGUGGCAGAUUAUAUCAGCAAUCAAAAGGCUCUAAAUUCGUCAAGUUUCAAGAAAUUAAAAUUCAAGAGCAUAGUGAUCAAGUGCCUACAGGGCAUAUUCCAAGAUCUCUAACAGUUUAUUGCAGAGGAGAAUUGACCAGGCAGUGUCAGCCUGGUGAUCAUGUAGUACUUACUGGAAUUUUUUUACCAAUUUUGAAAACUGGGUUCACUUCUAGAGCAGAAGCUGCAGGUCUUUUGAGUGAAACUUAUAUGGAUGCUCAUCAUAUUGAUAAUCUCAGUUUAUCUCAAGAUGAAAGCGCUCCCGCAGAAUUAACGGAAGAAGAACUUGUUGAUCUGACGCAAGAGGACUUUUACUCCAAACUUGCAAGCUCUAUAGCUCCAGAAAUUUACGGUUUAGAAGACGUCAAGAAGGCGCUACUGUUACUUCUCGUCGGCGGUACUGACAAAAAGAAAGGAGAUAUCAAAAUCAGAGGUAACAUCAACAUUUGUUUGAUGGGUGAUCCCGGUGUGGCCAAGUCCCAGCUGCUCUCGUUCAUCACUCGGUUGGCACCGCGUUCGCAAUACACCACAGGUCGAGGUUCCUCGGGCGUCGGUCUUACCGCCGCCGUCAUCAAGGACCCACUUACCAAUCAGAUGACUCUGGAGGGUGGUGCACUCGUUUUGGCUGAUCAAGGUAUCUGCUGCAUUGACGAAUUCGAUAAGAUGGCGGAGAAUGAUCGUACGGCCAUCCACGAGGUCAUGGAGCAACAGACCAUCUCCAUUGCCAAGGCCGGAAUAAUGGCGCGUCUCAACGCCAGGGUGUCUAUUCUUGCCGCGGCUAAUCCGGCUUAUGGUAGGUACAACCCCAAGAGGAGUAUCGAGCAAAAUAUUCAGCUACCGGCUGCCCUACUGUCCCGAUUCGAUCUGUUGUGGUUGAUUCAGGAUAACGCGGAUAGGGAAAAUGAUCGCAAACUAGCUAACCACAUCACAUACGUCCACCAGCAUUCUUGCCAUCCUGCUACUGAAGGCAAUGCCAUGGAUAUGGGUCUGAUGCGAAGAUACAUUUUAAUGUGCAAAUCAAAAACUCCCAUGAUACCAGAGGAUUUGACAGACUACAUUGUCGACACCUACGUCGAAAUGCGAAGAGAAGCUCGCAACAGCGCGGACAAGACUUUCACGUCCGCCAGAAAUCUUCUCGGAGUUUUGCGACUGUCUACUGCACUGGCCCGCUUGCGGCUUUCAAAUACAGUCGACAAGGACGAUGUGCGGGAGGCGAACAGACUCAUUGAAAUGUCCAAACACUCAAUCAACUAUUCAGACCAGAUCAAGGGGCCGGUCAACCGAGAGAACCAGAACAAAAACAAGAUAUACCAGAUCAUUUGCGAGCUUGCGGGCGACGAAAAGGUGGCCAAGGUGUCGGACAUCAUGGAGCGCUGUACUGGCAAGGGUUUCACGCCUGACCAGAUCCAAGGCACGAUCGAAGAUUACGAGGGGCUAAACAUUUGGCAGAUAAACGCAAUCGGAACGAAAAUCACCAUUGUGUAAUCUCGUGUCGUUCGUGCUAAUUGCGACUUAAUGCCAUAAGGGUGCAUUUGGAUUGACUGAAUGCGAGGGCACAACACGUGCUGAUUUAUUGAUGUAUUUUUCUAAGUCCAUUAUACUACAGAGUAAGCAAUAAUAUUUAAGAAUCAGUAGCGUUCUUCUUUUGCUCGACUGAACGAUUUUGUAUGAAAGCUUCUAUUUUUACGAAAAAGACGAAUAAAACUUGAUACUAUUAUUCAA